CGCGGGCUUCCCCCGACCCGGAUCCUCCGUUUCUCCGGUCUCCACACGGCGUGAGCAGUUGAGCACCAACCAAACCAUGCGACCGGCGGGCUCGACGGAGUCCUCCCCGGAGGCGCGACAGCGCAGCCUCAGGCAUGCGGCCGCAUCCAGAGGCCGCGGCACCAGGCACUCGGAGGCGUACGGCUUCGUGGGGUCCAUCGCCGCGUCCGCCGCCGCGCUCGCGUACAUCGCGUGGGCGUACGCUCCGGAGCCGUGGUUCUGCCACAUCGGCGCGACCUACUACCCCAACAAGUAUCCGGCGUCUUCUCUGCGGACGGGGGAAGAUCAAGCCAUCGAGCCCAUCUCGGACAUCGGCAUUGACCGGAUGAACCAUCUCAUGUUUGGCGAGCAAGGGUUUCAUUCACUUCCAAGAGGAGGAUGGACUCGGCUGAACCCAUCGUGAUCUCUUUUUUUUAUGAUAGAUGU